AUUGCAGGGACGUACAUGGACAUCCUGUAAAAAUUAUCGCUGGGAAAAUCUGCUCAAUAAUGGAUACCUCGGAUAUUUACUAUGACGGUGAGCGCUUCCAACUGCAGUCACCGGAAGAGUAUGACUAUAACCCGCCCUCCUGCCGCUACAGCGGUGACACCGAGCAGGUACGGAUCCCCAUGCCCCCUUGUGCCUCUGUCGAGCACCGGAGCAAGGGAACUUUACUGCCCUACGAUCUACCUCCCUGUCAGUACUCGAGGCCUGUUCAGACACGGACCCAGGAACAGGAAUACCUGACAGGUCAGGGUCGUGUACCGAACGACUACCAUCCAGGAGACAGCCUAGUGGUGGAGGUAGAGUCCCCGGCACAAGUGCCAUUCCCCUGGAUGAGGAGCUCCAGAGUUCACUCAUACCAAUCACUCCCAGGUGGUUAUUCCCAGAACGGGGACGAAUACAAGCGGAGCCGCACCGCGUAUAGCCGGGCUCAGUUAUUGGAGCUGGAGAAGGAGUUCCUCUUUAACAAGUAUAUAUCCAGGCCCCGCAGAUAUGAACUAGCCACCACACUUAAACUGACAGAGAGACACAUCAAAAUCUGGUUCCAGAACCGGCGGAUGAAGUGGAAAAAAGAAGAAACGAAAAAACGAAGCCCCUCUGACCACCAUGAACCGGAGUCUUCCAAUAAGGAUUGAUAAAACGUUAGGAUAGCAGCAUAUGACCCUGGGUUUGACAUCCAGAUUAUUUGUUGCACUUGUCUAUAAAAUGAUAGGCCUAUAUGUGCUUAAACUUUAUAGCCUACGUUAGGCCUAUGAUGUGGCUAGAGGGACAUUUUACAAUUUGAAUUUGAGAGCUAUUAAAUUCUUUGUCUUGUGCGUAUAUAAUGUUGCUAAAUUUGCGAGUAAUUCAUUUAUUUGUCAUGUGCAUAAGCUAACAUUUUGUUAAAAAUUGCUCCAUUUUAAAUGACUGAAAAUAUCUGGAAUUUUAAUUAAAAUGGAUAAGAGUAUCCAUUUACUUCAAAAUGUAUUGUCCAAUUUAUUUUAGAUACACAAUAGUUGCCAUUGUUAACAGCCCACUGGAAAUGAUUUACCUGUUCUCUGCGUUUUAAACGCAUGUUAGGAUAACAGAGCAUACAUUCAUUAAUUGGAGGCCUACACGCAGACUAUGUAUCAAUGAAUGGCCGUGUCGAAUGACUGAAAAUAUACCAAUACGCUAGAACUAGCCAAUAAUAUGAUUAAGACAUGUCUUACCUUUAGCCUACUUAAUAUGCAGAUUAAUUCAUGCUUAAAAUGUUCCUCCUUGUUCCACAUAUAGCCUGUGUGAUAGGCUAUAACUAACACAAGAGACAUUUUGCCAGCAGAAUGGUUGGUCUCAUAAGUCUAAAAGGCACCUGCAAAGGGUUUAUCUUAUGGGCGUCACGAUCCGUAAUUUGUGGACAAAUGAUUUAUGAGUGGUUAAGAUAUGAUUUCGCUUUACAAUUGCAGGCCAACGUUUACAAAACUUAAAGAUAACAAAAUACCUAUUGAAAAUGAGGAACAAUGCAUAUGGCAACAUGUUCUCUUUCAGUUGGUUACCUAACUCAGAGAAAGUAAAAAUAAGAAAAAGGGAUGAUGGCAAAUACCCAGAACUAGAAUGACUUUUGCCCCCCAGGUUUGAGCAAACAAUUAAGUCACUGUGUCAUUUCCGCUGGUCGUGCAAAUGCAGGUCGCCCGCCCAGCAACACUCAUCAACAGACAUCAACACAACUGAGCCAGGUGAAGUUAGACCUAUAGGCCUCGGAUAAAUAGUCUACAUGGUACUUUUUGCAAAGUCUGUGUUGUUUGUGAAACAUCAAUGUUGGCUAAUAUGAACAAGUCAUUUGUUGAUGUAUUGAGGUCCAUUAAAGUAUAUAUUUUUAGAAUAGACUGGGGGUUGUAACUACAAGCCCAAGUUUCCUUGUAAAUUAAUAUCAGUUAUUCAGAUCUCUACAGGUUGUGUUCUCUGUCAUCUGGGCGAAACUUUUCAGCCAAAGAAAGAUGUCUACACGAUAUAUUUUCAUGUUGUUAGAGUACUAAGAUAAGGACAUUUGUGUUUGCAUAGGCUGCAGCUUUUGCGCACUGCGAAACAAAUAUAUACUUAAUUUCAACGUCUAGUUUUGGUUUACAUUUGUUUGAGUUGUCAACUAAGGUCAAUUCAACAUGAAAUCAAUAAAUAAAAAAUGUCCUCACGUCAUUGGAGUUAUAUUAAAAGUUGGAUGAAAAAAAAAAUCCCUUAUGUUGAUGAUGUUUUGCAAAUCCAAUUAGUUUCCCACGUUGAAUCAACGUUGUAACAUUGAUUUCUGUUGUUGAAAUGACAUGGCAACAACAACUUCGAUUCAAUCAGUUUUUGCCAAGUUGGGAGACCACGUUUCAGCACGCUGGACAGGCUAGAGGGGACAGAUAGCCCUAUACCAUGCAUUGACCACUGGGUAGAGCAGGGAUAGGCAAAUGGCAGCGUGCGGCUGCAUGCGGACCCCGGCCCUCCUUUUGAAGGCCCUCAGAUAUCCUUUUAAAAACUGUAAACAUUUCUCUCCACCCUAUGGCAAAAAUUUGUUUUAUAGAGUGAGUUGCAGGAAAUUAGCUUUAAAACUGCAAAUUUUCCUCUCAGUCCCAUGGAAAAACUGGUAGAAUUGUAUGAAAUUUGUUAUAAAAUUGAUAUAUGCACAUGUGGGUAGACAGACUCGCAAGCAACUGCGGCACCUCAUGAUGAGUUCAGAUUGUUUGUGGCCCCCACCUUGACCAGAG